GACCGACGCAACAACCUAUUGCCGAGCGGGCUUUCCAUCUCGCCUUUUCUGUAUUGGCAGAGACACAAAGUCCCACCCCAGACACUUUAGUUGAAGAACGAAGAUUGCGCGGCCGUUAGAAAAAAAAAACAGCAGCGCGCUCUGAUUGGUUCAGGAAGAAUAGGGCGGGGCCUCAGUGUGGAAUUGAGUUGAGGCGGGAAAAGCUCUUCUUGGGGAUGGUCCCGCCUCCUUCGGGUAAUCUGCGAGCGGUGAUUGGCUGCCGAGUGAAGAUUGAAAUGUGACUUCCUCAUGGAUGGGGAAGAGAGGGAUGUGAUGCCUGUAGUUCAUAGGAAGCUUAAAGGAAGCAGUUGGGGUCCUGUGUCACUAACAUCCCACAAACAUGGAAAGCCUACUGUAUCUCUUGGGGAUUUCCGACGCUGUGAUUUUCCUAGAGUCAUAUCUGGACUCUUUCAUCAUGGAUUAAGUAUAGAGCAUUUAAAAAUGUUUUCCGUUCGGCGUUGUCAAAGUGAACCGUCUUGCUAGCUAAGUCUUGGAGCACAUGAAUGGCAGGCGUCUCCUGGUUGCCUCCGUAAUUUCUAUCCAGAACUCCCACUUUGUUUAUCCCUCAUGUCAAAACUGCUUCUCCAAGCUUUUCCUGAAUUUGAAGAGGUACAGUUGCCUAAAGUGUGGCUGUUCAGGUGACAGCAAGGAGGCAAACUACAGAUAUCGACUCUCUUUGGAAGUAGCUGACACUCAGAGUGUGUUUGAAGUGACAGUAUUCGGAAGCUGCUUAGACGUUUACUUCGGAGUCACAGCAAAGGACCUGCAGAGGUACAUUGAAACACUGCGCCAAGAAAUCGGAGAGGCAGACGGAGAUGCCACUCCAGACGUGCUCUUUCGUGCUGUUGAAAACUGCUUCAUUGGGAAGAAAUUCGUUUUUGGAAUUAAGGAUUAUGGCAAACCAGAGAGCACUAUCUCCUGGGAAAAUGACUCCCGAACCGACAGAUACUGCAAAGCUCUCACUGCCUGUCAGAUGUUCAUGCCAAACUCUACACUCAUCGGCAAUACAGUUAUCCAUUACCUCCACCAACGCCAGUGUUCCCAUUUCAAGCAGGGACUUGGAGGCGUCUGUCCGCCUGAUCUCUUUGCGGCAUUUGAUCAACCAAGUAGUUUGCUCAGCAGCUUGCCUUCCUCUAAUGACUUGGAUGUGGCUCCAUCGUGUUGUGCAGAUGGUCUUUCAGCUCUCUGGCCCCAGUCGUUUCGUCUGACUUCCUCUCCUGCUUCUUCAGGCACAGCAGCAGAUCCUGUCGAUUUCAAUCCAAGCCAGACUGCCUAUCCUAGGCAAAAAUGGGAAGACAAUCCAGUUUCUUUGUAUAGCCAGUCAGUCCAUAACUCCCAGGACCAUCAUCUGACUGUGACUAAGAGAGACGUGCAGGAAGAUAAGAGGCAUCAUUUGUGUCGUAGUCAAAGGAACAGCAUCAACACAAAGAGUCAAUCAGAAAGCGAUUCCUUCUUAGGAAGAGAAGGUGGUAGAUCAUUACAAAGUCCUUUAGAAUUAAAAAGAAAGAUCUCAUCCAGCAAAAAUUGCACCCAACGCAACUAUUGGCUUAAAAAAUCCAGCAAACCUUUGCCUUGUCAGAGACAAGAUGCUUCUCUUAGUUUCCCUGCAUCAUCAUCUUUUCAUCUUCCAUCUAGAGAAGAUGCAGACUCUCAAGAGGACCCUGGGCUUUGGGAUGAACUGCCAUCCUCUGAAAGCUUAGACGAAUUCAUUGCCAAACUUGAAUGUGACAAAACUGUGCUGUCGCCAACACAUUUCCCUCGUGAUGGAGCUGAUGAAUUCCAUGGGCAUUUUAACCAGUUGUCUUCCCAACUAAACAUUUAUCAUGUCAAUUUGAAGACUGAGCAGCCAGGGGAGAACUCGCAGGUCCUGACAGAGAAAAUAAAAAAUCACAAAAGUGGCCUUCCCUGUCACAAGGUUAACCUGUCACCAUUUCACAACAGCCAGGGAUCUCACCAGCAAGCCUUUCACAGUUCUUUAUCCUGCAAAGGAAGGGAAGAAUCGGGGCAUCUGCCCCAUCAGCCUCUGGUCCUCCCACCUUCAUAUUUCUUAACAGAAGUGAAAUCUCGUACAGAAGAAAGUUGCUUGAAAUCCGAAAUUGAGCAAGAGGUCAGUAGUUCCAAGAAUCGCCUUUCCAGGUCUUGUUCAAAGAUUUCCAGCAAAUGCUUUAAAAAAUCUAGUCUACUGAUCAGGGACAUCACCUAUUUGAAUGAUCACGAACAUGGUAAUCUAUUCAAGUGGAAGGAAACAGAAAGUCCUUGUAAUGAAAACCAGACUCCCAAUAUCACAAAUAUUCAAGAAGACAGUUUUACUUUGGUAACUUGUAAAAAAACUAUUGGCAAUGAUAGAACAAAUGACAAGCUACUUUUUCAGGACAACAGAUGCAGUUUUAAAGCUGAUGUCGGCAACAUGCUGCAGAACUGCUCUAAUGUGCAUGAGGCUAGUUACAAUGCUUCAGCUGAUCUCUUUGAUAGUACUCAAGAGCCAGAAGCCACUGUCGGAAAAUUGAAUUCAACCCAUAUCUUCCUGGCACAGGAAAACCUAGUGACUAAAGGGUGUACAACAUCUAAAUUUACAUCUGAACACAGUUUUCCAGGUUCUCUACAUGAGCUAAAUGGCAGCUGGAAUGCAUCUUUAUGCAGUCUGCCUGACCCUAAAACAAACAGUCCAGCAGCUGCCUUACCAUAUGGGCCAGAACACAGCCUUGUAGGUUCGCUGGAUUUUAUUCCUAACUCCCAGUCCACUCCCCUUGCCAGGCCUUGUCUGCAAGGAAGGGUCCUUAAGGGAAAAGAAUCCGUACUUGGUAAAUUGCCGCUAUCUUGGGUUGGAGCCAAAUGUAAAAGACCCCGUCCUGCCUUGGGAAACCCUUCAUUGAAACAUCUGGUCAGCAGGUUCCUGCAGUGUACAAAAGCAAGUGAUGCAACUGAGGGUCAGCAGUUAUUUAUCCAAAGUAGCCCAGUCCAGGAUCUGCCUGAAAAUAAUGAUGAAGAAUGGAUUCCUCCAUCAGAGAAAAAACAGAUUCAGCCUUUUGGGAUCCAGAAUGAGAAAGUGUUGAGGAAGAACCUGAUGAGGAACAGUGCUGAUUGUCAGGUCAUAGAAAAUUCACCUCGUUCUGAAAGGUGUGGGAUCCCAAUGAGUUCCAUUAGGUUGUUAAGGAGAGAAUUGUCUUUCAAAAAGCAGGCAGGGAUUAAAUCCAAGAGGCAACCCAUGGGCAAAGACGAGGCUGAUGGCAGGGAGGUAAUGAAUGGAUCUCCUGGCUUCCCUGUCUUUUCAGAUGUCCGUUCAAACUUGUCUUCCACACCUCGCUCCACAGCUAACGUUUCAAGUUGGUCUCCUGAAUUAUUCUCAAACAGUGUCCAGCUUCUCAACACAGAUAUUGUUUCCCCAAAACUAUCCUCUUGAAUGCCGUUUUGCCUUUUUGCAAAACGACCUUUUGGUUACAGUUGUAUCUUGCAGCCACUGUUCCCAAUCAUUGGAAUGGGGAAAAGCUGGUUAAAGUUUUUAAAAAGAGAAAAAAAUACAAACCUGAAUUGGUCCUUUAUUAUCUUGGUGCUUUUAAAUAAUGCAUUAUUUCUACUUGAUUGAGCAUUACGUGACUGUUUGCUAGCAUAUGAAAUAAAAAGUGGACUCCAA